UGAUAUAUUAUCAGUGUUAUUUUACAAGGCUCAGCAGUAGAACAACUUCUUGUUAAAUGCAUAGUUUUGGUGUAAAAGUAAUAUUAUAAUGAUAAAAACAUCAAUUAUAUUAGGUUAUAGAUGAUGAAGCGAUGUAAGGGCUCUAAAAAUGAUACCAUACUUCAGUAUCUGCAUCAUAGUAGCGUUGUCAUGUGUUACCGCUCAGGAUGUUUAUAAAAGUUUACAGUUUAAAGAAGAAUUUUGGUAUUACAUAUCAAGGGUCGAAACUAUUUUUAAAAGUGAUAAUGGUACUAUUCGUUACGAACAGGACACUUUGAUGCUAACUUGCGCUGGAGUAUUCUUCAUUCUUGAUGUUUUCCCGCCAUUUGAGAUGACCAUGUCGGCAAGUCGGCUGGCAAUCCAAAAUUGUAAACUCCCAGUUACUCCACUUGUGGAUAUGUUCGAAACGCUCAAUAUUAACGCUACUGCCAUUGAAAUGCUUCGUUUAUCAAUUAGCCAUAUGGAACCCUUACCACGAGGGAAUUACACACGCGGCCUGUCCAUCAAAGGUCUCUGGAUUGACUCCAAAUAUGUGAACCAUCGAAACUUUCUAAUAAACAACCCUGACUUUUUUGAUCCGCUGUCAAAUCUGACAACUCUGAUGCUACAUGGAACUCUGCUAAUACCACUGCCUGAAUCAAUACAUUUACAAGCUUUAUCAAUACAGGAGUAUGCAAUCGUAAACAGCUGGGACUCCCACUGCGAAUAUCUUCGGGAACUGGAGUUUCGUAGAUUGUAUCCCGAAGAAAUUCCGAAAAUCUGGCCAGAGAAAUGUUCUCAAUUGACCACAUUGCGACUACGAGGCCUUUCAUCGAUGGUGGCCGAACGAGUGAUGAACAGUGGUAUCAACGCUAGCUGCAUCCAUCUCCAAAAUUUGUUAAUCUACGCCAGUAACCAGGACGAUCCACCUCACGUAAUACUCGACGCCGCUAAAGAUCUCGUCCACCUUAAUAUGUCCCUCAAUAGAUUGAGCGACAAAUCACUCUCAAACUUCCCUAUCAUGAGAAAUUUGACUCAUCUGGACAUGUCACGCAACCGGCUGACAGGGUGGUCGUUGUUUGACCUGGUGAAGCAGCUGCCCUCACUGCGGUACUUGAACCUGGACGGCAAUCAGUUUGUCAACCUGUUUUGCAAUUUUGAAACUAGGAUCAGUUCUUUUACGUCACAUACUACAUCUCUGGAAUGGCUUUCAUUACAAAAUAUGCCAAUGGAUGUAGAAUGCCUCAGUACCGCAUACUUCUCCAAUCUUAGAUAUUUAAAUUUGUCUAUGAAGAAAAACUCGCAAUGGUUUUCGCUUAAGGAUCUCCCAAAAACCAACGCAACAAAUCUGGAAGUUGACUUGCGUGGUCUUAGUGUAUAUCACAUGCUACCAUUCUCGGGGCGUACUCACCAAAAUCUGCUUCAAGGAAAUAUGGAAGAUUUAUGGGGCAUGAGCCAUGGAUAUAACACUAAUGUGACCGUGUGGUUGACUGCUAUAGACUGUGAUUGUGAAAACUACUGGUUUGUAAGAUGUCUUCGAGAACUGCCACAUCUAUUUUCGUUCCCAGAUUUACAAUGCAGCAAUUCUGGUGUCGGAGUCUUACUUGAACCACGCGAUAAUAUAGACUGCAGGAAAAGUAUUCAAGAACGUAACUGCGUUGAGAGACAUAUUGGAACCGAAGGCCGUGACAGCCCCAAUUGGGGAAUAGCUAAAGUAGAUUGUCAUACAGGAAUGAAAAGCGAAAAGUUGUAUCCCGAAUAUAACUCAAAUUAUAUACAAACUGUAAGUCUCAAUGUUUCCGGCGAUGGAGUCACGACACUAAAAUACAUGAAAUUAGGUAACAAUCUCAAGGUUUUAGAUCUCCGAAACAACCAGAUUGCACGUCUGGAUGCAAAUGACUCAAGUCGUCUGUUUGCUCUUCCUGAGCGACGAGUGUGGAUGAGUGGCAACAUACUCAUUUGUGACUGUGAGAACAAACCGCUACUUGAUGCCUUGCAUGAGCAUAGUGAUCAGGUGGUUGACUAUGACGCUCUAACAUGCAUCGAUACCGGGUUGCCGUUGUCUUCUGUGACGUCAUUCGAUGUGUGUCAAGUCGGAUUGCGUGUCGCAUUAGCAAUCUGUGGUGUCUUAGCUUUGUUGCUAUUAGUAGCAGCUGUAUAUUUGUGGCGCAACAGACUUAGAUUGAAGGUAUAUCUGUACUCACGGGGCUUAUGUUUGUUCUGUCUGCGGGAAGAGGACGUUGACUCCGACAAACCGUACGACGCAUUCCUCUCGUUUGCUCACGGUGAUAUGGAGUACGUCAAUGAAGUGUUACUACCAGAGCUGGAGGCCGAGCCGCACUCAUACCGCGUGUGCGUGCACUACCGGGACUGGCCGGUAGGAGACUGGAUCCCGGCACAGAUCAUGCGUUCAGUGAGCCUCUCCAAGCGCACGAUCAUUCUGCUAUCGCGGAACUUCAUCGCGUCGAUAUGGGCAUCGCUGGAGUUUCGGUACGCGAUGGCCAGUGCAACAAAGGAAGGUCGCACGCGGUUGAUAGUACUUAUCAUGGAUGAUGUGCUCUCCGAAGCUUUGGAUGCAGAAAUGCAGGGGUACCUCAACUACAACACUUAUUUGAGCUGCGAUGACCCUUGGUUCUGGGACAAGCUGCGCUAUGCGAUGCCGCACCGGAAACGUGAACCUGUUGCCCCGGUUUUUAAUCAUACUCCAGGUUUUGAACAAAUAUUCAUGGAACCUCUAACUGGCACUUCACAUUCACAUUGAAACCAAAAACUUACAUCACCUUUGUUUCGAGAUAUUAAAAUAAUUGAAGUAUCAUAUUACAGAGAUUUU